AGCGCCGCUUGAUGGCAGCGGACUCGGAGAACGUAGCCUGGCUGAAGUUUUGUGUUACACAUUUGGUACCACGACUCUCUCUGUGUGUAAUGGCGACCGCGGGACGCUCCUUUGUGGUGAAGUAAUUCGAAACUGAUCGGAACAAAGCGGCACCUCAAAACCGGACCGUCUCCGCCCCAGAAGAAGUCUGCAACAGCUACAAUCUAAAGGCAAAGACCUCCCCACCGAUCUGCUGAGUUCUGCCUUUUGCUCUCUGCCGCCAUGUCGUAGCCCAAAGUCACCCGGCUCCCUUCCUCUCGGAUCUUCUUCCCUUUUUCCAUCCACCCUCGCCUUCACCGCCCUGCGUCUCCUCGCCACAUGUGGUGAUUCCCAGCUGAAGCACCGGUAGCGCCUCCUGUGGCGCGAUGAGCAGCCUGCAGCAUGGCAGCACAGGCUCCGAGCGAGACCUUCAGUCUGCUGCGUCCUCCAUUAGCUUACCGUCGGUCAGGAAGAACCCUAAAAAGCGCCGUCUGUCCCUCCACUCGUUCUUCGGACGGAGACUCAGGCCUGAAUGGGACUCCAAGAGGAAGUCCAGGACUCUGUCGUCCGGGGUGGACGGUGUCGUCAGCGUUGAAAGCGUGCACCCUGAGAGCGGCCUCGACAAAACGUCCCCCCUGCCCCCGUCGGACGUGGCGUCGACUUCGGCGGGGACGAGGUCAUCGUCGGAGCUCCUGGAAUGCCCCCUGUGCCUGCUCCGCCACACGCGGGACCGCUUCCCGGACAUCAUGACCUGCCACCACCGCUCCUGCGCGGACUGCCUGCGACAGUAUCUGCGCAUUGAGAUCUCGGAGUCCCGCGUCAACAUCACCUGCCCCGAGUGCUCGGAGCGCUUCAACCCCCACGACAUCCAGAUGAUCCUGGGAGACCGAGCCCUCAUGGAGAAGUACGAGGAGUUCAUGCUGAGGAGGUGGCUGGUGGCCGAGCCCGACUGUCGCUGGUGUCCGGCCCCUGACUGCGGGUACGCCGUCAUUGCUUUCGGCUGCGCCAGCUGUCCAAAGAUCACCUGUGGCCGCGACGGCUGCGGCACGGAGUUCUGCUACCACUGCAAGCAGCUGUGGCAUCCCAACCAGACAUGCGACACGGCGCGGCAGCAAAGGGCCCAGAGCCUCCGGCUGAGGAGUUUCAGGUCGUCGUCCCUCAGCUACAGCCAGGAGAGCGGAGCAGCAGGCGACGACAUCAAGCCGUGCCCUCGCUGCUCUGCCUACAUCAUCAAGAUGAACGACGGCAGCUGUAACCACAUGACCUGCGCCGUCUGCGGCUGCGAGUUCUGCUGGCUGUGCAUGAAGGAGAUCUCCGACCUGCACUACUUGAGUCCGUCCGGCUGCACAUUCUGGGGGAAGAAGCCCUGGAGCAGGAAGAAAAAGAUCCUCUGGCAGCUCGGGACGCUGGUGGGAGCGCCUGUGGGCAUCGCUCUGAUCGCUGGCAUCGCCAUCCCAGCCAUGAUCAUCGGGAUCCCGGUCUAUGUGGGCAGAAGGAUUCAUAAUCGCUACGAAGGAAAGGACGUCUCCAAGCACAAGAGGAACUUGGUGAUCGCUGGCGGCGUCACCCUGUCUGUGAUCGUGUCUCCUGUGGUCGCUGCUGUCACUGUUGGCAUCGGCGUUCCCAUCAUGCUGGCGUACGUCUACGGAGUCGUCCCGAUCUCUCUGUGUCGGAGCGGAGGCUGCGGAGUCUCCACUGGCAAAGGGAAAGGGGUGCGGAUCGAGUUUGACGACGAAAAUGACAACAUAGGCACCGGGGCGGUGGCUACAGACACCACCUCUGUGGCGGAGACCCGGCUCAACAACCCGAGCCUCGGAGACGGCGCCAGCGUGGGCGGUCUGACCGGCCUGAGCGUCAGCGGGAGCCACAUGGAGCGCUGCGGCGUGAGCUCGGCUCAGCGCGACAACAUGAGCGACGACGCCAGCACCACAGCGCUCGCCGGGACCAGCAUCACUGGCAGCCUGUCUGGAAGCUGCUACAACCGGAUGGAAGUGCAGGCUGACGUCCAGAAGGAGCGCUGCAGCUUAAGCGGCGAGUCGGCCACCGUCAGUCUGGGAACGAUCAGCGACAACGCCAGCACCAGGGCCAUGGCGGGCUCCAUCCUCAACGCCUACAUGCCGCUGGAAAGAGACGGCAGCCUGGAGGUGUCCGCAGACUGCGAGUCCAAACGGGACGAGGCGAGACACGGCAGCGCCAGCAGCGGCACGGACGACGCCGGCUGCAGCGACGCUCCGGCCGGCCUCAGAGGAGCCGGCGGCGACGGCUGUGGAUGCUCCUGUCCCUCCGCCUGCAGCUGCAGCCAGCGCGGCCCCUCGUCCUCCUGGUCCAAGGACCCGAGCGCCGCCGCCGCCGGGGGCAAAAAGUGCAAAAGCAAGCUUUGGAGGAGAGCGAGCAGCAGCAGCAGUAAAGGAGAAAGGAGAACGAACGACGGCCAGGUUGACAUCGACGCUCAGCUUCUGGAGCAGCGGAGCGCCAACUCCUCGGAGCUCGACUCGCCGUCUCUGAGCGGCAGCCUCCCGUCGGUGGCCGACUCGCACUGCAGCCGCUUCUCGUCCGAGCUCAGCUGCUCCGACCCCGAGACCCUGAAGCCCGCCCGCCCGACGGACCCCCCCGCCCGUCAGCCCACCGUCACGCCUCUGCCCGAGGUGGAGCACGACCGCCUGGAGCAUCUCCCGCCUCAGAGUGGCCACGCCGCCUUCGCCCGCCGCCCGCCGUCCCCGUCGCCACCCGCUUCCCCGAGAGAGAGGAGCCGGGGGACGUUCCUGUACAUCAGCGAGGAGAGCGCCGCUGAGCCAGAGCGGCCUGUCGGUGAAACCCCCGGCAACAGCAGCCAGCAGCCCGGGAGCCCCGCAAGGCUGCGCUGCAUCCAGACAGACAUCUGAAGACUUCUGACCUUGUGCUGUUUUACUGCUGCAAGCCCUCUUAGCUUUAUCCUCAAAUUAUAACCCCCCCCCCACCCCACCCCCAGGGAAGCUGAAGAUCAGGGUUAGGGAUGCAAAGUUCAGCUGUUCAGUAACAGAAGGUGAGAUGGAAGUAGGGAGGAGAUUUCCAGACGCGUGUGACACGCAGGCUGGGAGGUAAAGUGGAUCCCUGGUUGUGUUUAAGAGCGCCGUGCUUUUGUUGGCAGGUAGAGUUGAAUGUACACGUAGGAAGCAGGCUUCUGCAGAGGCGUGGUGGUUUCCUACGCGGCAGACAGAUUUCCCCCCAGAAACCCCAGAGCAAACCGUGUCUCUGGAUGUCCUGAUCAGGAUUCCUGUGUCCUAAACGACAGCCUGGGUCACCAAAGGGUGGCGACUUGUUGACGUCCCGUCCCAGAUGGAGAUCUCCUCAGAUGUAACGACGCGCGCAUUCCUGAAAAUACUAAAGAUUUCCAGGGCAGUUAAAAAAA